AUGCGCGUCACUUCGUUGCUAACUGCUUUGGCGGGCCUGUGUGCACUCCCUGUGGCGCUAGCCGCCGCCGCGGAAGACGCGCCUGAGCUCCAGGUGACCACGACUUUCCCGAACAACCCGUUCAACAUUGUGAAGAAUGGUCAGGCGAAUCGUGUCGUAUUUACGAUCACGACGCCGCGCGGUACGGACCGUGCGCUCGCGAUUGAGUCUGUGACAGGCGCCUUCCUGGACCCAGCGCGCCCUGAAGGCCAUAAGCGCCAUGUGCUGCGGAACAUGACGACGACCAAACUGCGCGAUGUCACAGUGCAUCAGCCGAAUGGCCAGCCCUUGCAGCUGCCGUACAACUUUUUCUCCGAGUUCAAGCCGCAGAAGCUCGACGUCGAGUUCCGUGCGUCGGUCAUUGAUCAGUCUUCGUCGGCCAAGUACAACAUGCAGCUGUACCGCGGCUCUGUCGUGGUGGAAGAGCCGAAGCAGAGCCUCUUUGACUUGCAGCUGCUGUCUGUGUACGCGAUUAUGCUGGCGUUUACCGGCGGCGUGGCGUACAUGCUGUACCAAAUGUAUCUGGAGCCGCUGGUGCGCUCCAAGGCUGCGAAGCGGAAGGAGGCCAAGCAUGCCACCCCCAAGGUGCCGGUGACGGCCGCCACGGGCAAGAACGGCAAGUCGUACGAUGAGGACUGGAUUCCGGAGCAGUCGUCGUCACGCAACCUGCGCCCACGCAAGCAGCGUGGUGGCCGCAAGUAA